AUGGUGCAUCGAGUUGUUUUCUGGGGAGGCUUCGGCGUUGCCGUCCGCUUCUGGCAACUCGGCCUCGAGAUGCGACCUUUCUUCAACAGGGGUUCCUUAUGGGCUUACCCGGUCUUUGCCGGAGUCGGCGCAAGCUUCGGAUAUUGGUUACAGGGUGUUGAUGAGAGGCAAUCGGCAAUCUUGGAGGCGCGGAAACAGUCUAUCCUUGAGAAGAGAGCACGGAAGGCUGCAAGGGAUGCGGCGGCAACCGCGUGA